AUGGGGCCUCCUCCUAUAGAGAUUCUGGGAGGCUCCUGUGAAGAGAAAUCUUACCUUCUGCCGCUGCUUUCCAUAUGUCCCGGCAUCUCUCAUGGGACGGAGUCCAGCAAGUUCAAGGAUCUGGCCGACCACCCCAUCUGUUGGGGAAUAAGAACCCCCGUCCCCUUCUGGGUCCUUCUGGCCGGACUGCGAGUCGCACUGACACAGACAGAUUCCGGGCAGGAAAUCAAAGAGCAAAUCCGUGGACAGGAAGUGACUCAGACAGGAGGAAGACACGUGGGUUCCGUGGGGCAGGAGAAGGACCAGCAUUCAGAACAGAGACCGGGGCAGCCCAGAUCCCCCCGCCCUGCCCCUCCUGCCGCUGACCAGAGGCCGGAACAUGCCGGCCCCAGAGGGGGGCUGUCCGCGCCUUCUUGGACCCUCGAGAAAACACCGUCUUGGGUCAUGAGCCGCCGCACGGACCGUGCUGUUCUGUCCCCCUUCCUCUUCCCGGAGAACACAGCCUGUCCCGCGAGCUCCCGGGAGGCGGCACCGUGCCAGGCUAUUUUUGGACAUCAGGGUGACACAAACCGCUCGCUUGUAAACAAGUGGCCGUCACUCGUGUCCCCGGGGUCUGAGGAGCUGGGCGUUUCCGAAGGACAGGGUGUCGUGUGACGAGAGCCUGGCUGCCCUGCCUGGAAGUGUCCAGCACAGGAAGGCGUUCCUCGAGCGAGCGGAGCGGCGUUCCUGGCGAGGCUCCACGCGGUCCCAGGGGCGGCCUCCCGGGGGCUGGGCCGUUUCUGUGCCUCGGGACUGUGACGCAACAGGUCAGCUGCUCCUCCGAGAAGAGACUGCGGGCGGCUCCGUGCUUGCCGAAACACGGCGGCAUGGGACCCACAUGCAUAGCAAACCCUGUCCUGCGGCGGCCACGGAGGAAGGCCCCAGAAGGCCACACACGGCCGCAGGCCCGCUCCCAGGCGCAGGCGGUGGCUUCAGCUCCAGGAGCUCAGCUGCUGUGCCCGCCGCAGGGACCCUUGCAAAAGAGGCUGCGGAGCUGGUGUGUCCUGGGAGGGACGGGGCUGCUCCCAGACGACCUGAACGGGCCCCGGGCUGCCCUGGGCUAAAGUCUGCAGCUUCUGAGCGGUCUGUCUGCACCGGGGGGUGAGAGAGACCCCCAGGGUCAGGCCGCCAUGCGGAGAGGCCGUGCGUCAUCCUGUUCGGGGGGGCAGGGCUGCAGGGAGUCACACCCGUGAGCAAGGGGGCAGGCAGAGGCCCCCAUUCUCCGAGGAGGACCUGGACAUGCAGGGAAGAGCCGGCCCUCGGCGAACUUGGGCCCUUCAGACGGGGGCUGCGACGGGCCUCGGGGGCUGCGGGUAGUGCCGCGCUGAGGGUCCAUCAGGGGCUUUGCCCCUUCGUGGGAGACCCUUGGCCACCGCCUGGGUGGCAGAGUUCUGGCCCCUAAGCACUGAGAUGUGGGCCCCAGGACUUCGGCCCUGCUUAGCCAAGCUCUAUUCCCACUCCCAGAAUGGAGGAGCUCUUUCUGGGACAGCCUGGAGGGGCCACGGUGGCACUCCGCAGGGGAGGCCGUGACAUGCCCAACGAAAGAAGAGGGACCCGCCAAAGUCACCCGGGUGGCUCGGGUGGCUAGAGACGAGGUGAUCAUGCUCUUUGCCAAGUGUGGGCCGCAGGGAAGGAGCCCGCUGAGUGGUGGCAGGGGGAGGGAGGAGGCUCUCGGGUGCUCCUGGGGCUGGAGGCAGCCGUGGAAUGACUCCCCGGUGCAGCUCGACACACACUUGGGAACCACAGCGGCUCCUCCCGGACUGGAGGCCAGGGACUGACAGAGCAGGUUUCCCCAGAGGGCGCAUGCGGGGCUGGAAUCAGGGCCAGGAAGGGUGUGAGGACUGGAGCCUGGGUGCCCAGGGCGGAGCUGGGCUGCCCACGACCUGCGCCCAGGAUUCCCGCCAGGGUCUUGCCCUUGAGCUGGAAGCCAGCACUUCCCUUGGAAGGACAAUAACCAGCCGCCAGUGGUUUGCAUCCCAGGACUGGGGGGCGGUGGAUCUGACUAGAAACACCCUGCCUGGCCACGGGGACCGAGACCCACCUGCCCAGGAGCCCGGAGCGUGGUAUCACUCCCCGCUGAGAAUGAGCACUGGGCUUGGGCAACAGCAGAGCUCUCCCGAGCCAGCCCUCGGGCUCCACAUCACCCUGGAUGCCCAGGGGCCACCAGCCCAGGGAGGGCUAACUCCCCCGGGGUACUUUUCUCCUACUCCCCCCUGGCUCUGGAAGUGAUUGGCUGGGAACGGACACACACAUGUCCGCAUUCCACAGGCACCUCCCGGGCCAAGAGUCUCGUUUCUCCUUCACGUCCUUGACCACCUUGAACCCACCACAGAGGUGUUGUUAUACCAGGCAGCUCCCAGCGUCCAGGGAUUAAAGCGAGCGCCCAGCCCCCACUCAAGGCUGUGUGACUACAAUCCACAGCACACUGUCCACAGCCACACCAUCCCAUCCCCG